AUGGGCGCAUAUGAUGAACUCGCGUCUGCAUCCCCGUCUUCACGAACCGCUUCCCUCACGUUUUCCGACCGGCGGUCAGUGGCAGAUGGUGAUCACACCCACAACGGGAUCGAUGUCAUCUGCAAGAGCCGCAUCUCUCCCCGAGCCAUCUCCGAAUCAUGCGAUACUCCCGACGGCUCAAAGUCGGUCAUGACUUCAGCCGCAGAACACCAUGAUGCGAGUUCACUUCGUACCUCAGUCCGGGCUGUCGUCGAUGACAAGUCGCAGCCAGAAGAGGGCAUGACAUCGAGCUCUCGUAUCCGCACGUCAAGCAGUCGUCCUGCACAGCAGUUCGCCCCUAUAGCACUCCCAGCGAGGUCGCUCGAGCCGAACACGAAGGGGCUAUCGCAGCAGCUUGCCUCGUUGCAGGCGGAGGUCGCGCAGCUUCGGGCACAACAAGAGCUCCUCACUGACGCGCCUCCUCGAUAUGAUGAGGCUCCAUGA